CCCCUCUCCCUCCUCUGCCCUAACAAGCCACAAAAACCAAAUCUUUUUGUUCUCUUUGCCCAUUUCCCCCCCUAUAGCUUCAAACUCCCCUCUCUCAUUACCUUGUUGAACCAAAGAUUUGUGACAAUCUAUAUCAAAUGGCAUCUUCUUCUUCUUCUGAGCUGAGCUUGGAUUGCAAACCCCACACCCAUCAUUCUUUGCUUCUGAGAUGCUUCUCCUCCGACCAAAUCAUCACUCAUCAGGAUCAUCAUCAUCAGAACCCACAAAAGCUGGAGGAAUUCCUGUCCCGGCUCGAGGAAGAGAGGCUGAAGAUCGACGCUUUCAAGAGAGAGCUCCCACUCUGCAUGCAACUCCUCACCAAUGUCAUGAUCUCAUCCUCCCCCGCAGCCAUGGAGAGCUCAAGGCAGCAGCUUCAAGCAUACAAAGGCAGCCACCACCAACAUCACCAGCCAACAGUAGUUCUCGAGGAAUUCAUACCACUAAAAAACUCAUCUUUACCACCACCACCCGAAUCGGCUUCCUCGUUAGAGAUCAAGGGAUGUGGCAGCAACACCGACAACAAGGCGAAUUGGAUGACGACGGCUCAGCUAUGGAGCCAAGAGACCAAGCCUCUGCCUCCACCAAAAGACAAAACCCCCGUUGGAUCAACAACAGAGGAUGUUAACAACAAUAACCAUCAUGAUUAUCGUCACGAGGAUAGUGACAAAAGAGGUGGUAAUCAACCUCCCGAUCUACAAGCUGUCGGGGCAGUGGACAGUAACGUUAAUGGAUCGAAUGGCGGCGACAACAACAACAACAACAAUGGUGGUAGUGGUGGUCAGAAUCAUAGGAAGGCGAGGAGGUGUUGGUCGCCUGAUUUGCACAGGAGAUUUGUGAAUGCGCUUCAAAUGCUUGGUGGGUCUCAAGUGGCGACUCCAAAGCAAAUCAGGGAACUAAUGAAGGUUGACGGUUUGACCAAUGACGAAGUGAAAAGCCAUCUCCAGAAAUAUAGGCUGCACACAAGGAGACCGAGCCCAAGCCCACAGGCGCCAGGUGGGCCAGGGCCGCAGCUCGUGGUCCUAGGCGGGAUCUGGGUCCCACCGGAGUACGCUGCCGCCGCCGUUGCCGGACACGGCGGACACCCGACGCUCUACGGCGGCGCCACCGCGCACGCGCCUCCUCCCCACUUCUGCGCCGCCCGGGACUCCGCCGCACAGGACUACUACGUCGCCGCCGGUGGAAUGCCGAUUCCCCCUCCGCCGCACCACCACCACCACCACGCGGCGUUUCAGCAGCAUCAUCACCACCAGGUCCACGUGUACAAGACGACGUCGUCCCGGGGGCAUAGCUCCGGCCCGGAGUCCGACGACCGAGCAGCCGCCGCGGGAGAGAGGUCGGAGAGCAUCGAGGAGGAUGGGAAGUCGGACAGCAGCAGCUGGAAGGCAGCGGAGAGCGGCGACAAUAUCGCCGCCGCCGGCGGCGGGAAAGGGCUGGCUGCGUUGAGGGAGAAUGGAGAUGAAUGUGAUCGGAGUGAAAUCACUCUCAAAUUUUAACCCAAACAGAAAAUCGUUACAUAAUUCAUUUCCUACUUUUUAGGGUUUAGGGUUUUUAAUUUAGAUGGAAUUCGGAGUUCGUUGUGUAAUCAUCGCCUAACUUCCCAUUUUAGUGCCUAAAUAUUGUUAUUGUUUCACCUCCAGCCACCCAAUUAAUCGUU